CGGCAUCACAGCUUUGCUGAAUGUGAAAGCAUUUGCAUCUUCAGAUAGCCUAGCCAAGGUCCAAGAAGUAGCAAGCUGGCUUUUGGAAAUGAAUCAGGAACUGCUCUCUGUGGGCAGCAAGAGGCGACGAACUGGUGGAUCUCUUCGAGGUAAUGCUUCCUCAAGCCAAGUAGAUGAGGAGCAGAUGAAUCGUGUUGUAGAAGAGGAGGAGCAGCAGCAAAGACAACAACAAGAGGAACAGCAUAUUGGGAGGAAUGGAGAGAUAAGAGAAGAACCUGGGUUUGAUGACAGACAUGAAUCCCAGCGAGAACAGUUAGAAGAAAAUAACAAUAGACUUAUUACAGUGGAUGAAGAAUCCACUUGUAACCAAGAGGAAGACGAUGAUGAACAUGCUGGUGAUCAAGAGGAGGAGGUGGAAGAGGAGGAGGAAAUGGACCAGGAGAGCGAUGAUUUUGAUCAGUCUGAUGACAGCAGUAGAGAAGAUGAACAUGCAAACAGUAACAGUGUCUCUAAUUCCAAUAGCCUCAUAGACUUGCCUGUUCACCAGUCAUCACCAUUCUACAUAAAGACAAAGGAGACAACUUCGGGGGAGGAAAAGAAGGAGGAGGUGGAGAAAGGAAAUUAAACGCAAACACUGAGACUUGAGACUCUGUUGCUUUAGAGAUGUUUCCAAGUUCAUUUCCUAAAACAAAUGCUGAUAUUAAUGGAAAAAAAAUUAGUUCUGCGAAGUAGCCAGCAAAAUGAAACUAAAUUAUCAAAUUGAAUUUGUUUCUAAAUGUAGCCCCUCUGCAUUGCGUGUACCUAAGGGGUAUGUAUGUUAUUUCAUUCCAAUCUUCAAAUUAUCUCAUCAUUAUCACAAUGAGCUUUUUACUUUUCUCUCAAGGAACAAAAAAAACCCACCCAGUAUGCAUUUUGUAGAGAGGAUAUAAAAAUGCAGGUUGUCUUUGAAGAAUAAGAGUGUCAAAUAUUGGAUGCGGCAUUCCAAAGCAUGUAAUGACAUGGAUCACAAAGCUGUUGCCCUAUUAGAAGCCUAAUGUAUGCAACCAUCUUUGUAUUUCUAAAAGAAUGUCAGUUGCUACUUAAAAAUAUGCUAAAAACAUUUCUGAACUUUGUAAUUCCUUUAACGGUGCUUGUGAACGUCAUGGUCUAUUUUAAAAACACAAUAUUUAUUUUUCAUUUAAUAGUGUGCAAUAUUAAAGCUAGUAGGUAAUUACUUCCUUUCUUCAAUUCGGAUUUGGGGUAUCACAGCACCCUGUUAUCUAAUAUUAUAGAUACAGCUUACAUACACAGAUACAGGUGCAUGGUUUGUUGGUUUGCUUUCCCAGAGCUGUUCUUCCAGUGUGAGUUGAAGAUGUCCUUUUAGAUCCUUGCUGGUAAGUAGCAGCAGUGCUGCUUUUUAUGUCUCGGCCCUGAGUUUUUUGUCUUGAUUAUAGACAUACCAAAAACUGUUAUCAAACUCAAAGGGUUUAUCUGCACUGUUAGGUGCACCUUCGUGACUUGUUUGCAUAAAUAGAAAAAUUACUAAAUUUCUUAAGGUUUGUUUUGCUAUGAUAAUAUUAAGUUUUCUCCCUUUUCGUUUUACUUUCCCAUUAAAUUACUCACUACUCUGGCUUUAAAUAAAUCAGAACUUCUCAGUAUAAAAUAAAUAAUAGAUUUAACAGUUGAAAAAUGAGUGCUACAUUUAAAGUGCAAAAUAUGUUUUUCUUCAUUUAUGAAUGUUUGAGCUGUGAUUUACAGCCAAAUUUAUUUUCAUAAAAAUAAAAAAAUACCUGAGCGUGUUUCUCACCUAAUAGCAAAAUUAGAAGUGUACAGGAGCAUCUGGUAGGUUUUGAGAGAUUCAGAGUAACUAUGGUGGAACUUGAGCUGUGCUUUGUGUAGUGGUUAGCUGCAAUUUGUAUCUUUUACAGUGAUUGCUUGAACGAAAACGUCACUGUCUGCUUCUCUGGUGGAUGCUUCAAACUUAGAGGAUGUUUAGUGAUAGUAGAGUUUUUGUGGACCUGGGAAAGGUAAACGGUGCCACACCAGUCCCAGGUUUGUGCUGUAUGUACAGCUUUGCAUUGUUGACUGCAAAUGAAAUGAGAUACAGAAAGUGAGGCUGACAAAAGAUUAAAAAAAAAUAAAUAAAUCAGCUGUGUUACCAAGUAGUUAUAUAUUGCUGAAAAUAUGGUUGUUUCUAUGUAUGUGUGUCAGCAAAAUAGAAAUAUUUUUUGUGGACAUAGAAGUAUUGAAGUAUUUUUAUAGUAUUCCCUGGUUGGCAGUCCCAAUUGACAAGAACUUGGCAACUUGAUAAAAAGUAAUACUGUACAUUAUACAAUGAAGUCUUUUCUCAAGAAUAGAUUCUUGUUCAAGGAAUAUAUCAUGAUGUGUUUGAGAAUUCAUUUAUUUCAUGAAAAGAAGACCUGCCACUGAGUGUUGGAUAGCCAGACUGUGUACGUUCUGAAUAUGUACUCAUUCCUGUUCUAAUCACAUUUUAUGUCCUGCUUGCAAAGUCAAAGCUAGGUUGGCUGCAGUUACAGAGCUCUUACCUCUAGGUGCCACCAGCAUGAUACAAAUACAACCUGCUGCUCUUAAUUCAAAGGCUUUCAGUUAACCUGACACUGAAGUUCUGAGUAGCAUCAUCUUAUCUAGAGAAGAAACCCUUGAAGAGGACAUGGUUACACUCUUAGUUCAAGUUUCCAGGGUCUGGACUCAGGAUCCUUGUGGGUCUCUUCCAGUUUGGGGUGUUCCGUGGUUCUGUGUAAGCUUCGAAUCCUACCUGAAGGGAAAGUUCCCUUAAAUUAUGGCAGUUAAUGCUUUUGAGUAAAAUGCCAUGUCUAGGCAAAAGAGAAAAUAAAAUACAUGAUGGCCCAGAUCUUGUCACUGAAAUAACCAUUUUUCAUAAUUUAUUGGAAAUCAAUUGUCUUUUAAAUCCUCUUGUUUCUACUUGCACAUAGUCAGAAGAGAAAGCUUGAAUUUACUUUACUUAUUGUCAGUAGAAAACCCUUGGGUGUUUUCUUUGUGGUUAUGAAAAAUGUUCUUUUGCUAUACCUUCCAUGCCAUUAUUUAUGAUCUUGUUUGAUUUGAAACUCUUUCUUGCAAUAGUUUGUUAGUAAGGGGAUGCCUUACUAACCUUGACCUUCACCUGACCUUGGUGAAGAAGCUGUGUUAGAAGUUGUUGUAAGCUGGAUUCUGAAGUAUGUAUAAACGUACAAUGCUAUGGUGAUAAUAAUUCAGUAAAAUCUGAGCUUACAGCCCCACACAAAUAAGAGCUCACCCUUAUGCGUUCUUUUUACCAUUACUGUGAAGAAUGCAAAUUGCACUGGUAGUUUGAAGUCUCUUGGUGCAUGAAUUUCCAAAAUGCAUCACUUGGAGAAGUGUUUUUGCGCUGUUCUUCUUAACUGUUGAUAAUCCAAACUUGAUCUUUCCUCUUCCUACUUGAAAAAGUUGUGCUUGUGAGCAAGUGACUUGAAUAGUGUAAUAGACAUAGUGUUAGUCUGUGACGAAAAUUAAAUUAUCACCAGGCUCUGCUAAGCUAGGCGGAUUGUUGGCCUGACCCAUGGAGACAUUUGUGAUGUUCUCGGAAAUCAUAGCAUAUCUGAAAUCCCAUGGAUAUAAUGAAGUGCACAUAGAAGGAAGAACUCUGGUGUACUGUUUAUUUAAAGAGCUACCAUAUGAGUAUAGUGGACAGAACUGAUAUACGGUAUUUUAAAUGCAGAAGAGAUUUAUUGAGGUACAUUUUCUACUUAAGGCUAUGCUAACCUUAAAUACCAUAUGAACGUUAGUAGAACAUGACACUUUUUUAAGCGUGAAUUUGAAAAAAUUGCUGAUUUUGCCAUUCUGGGAUUGUUUUGUUUUUUUUUAUAUUGGCUUUUAUGCAGUAUUAUGGCUUGCUUUAUGGUCUCAGUGGUUGGCCACCCUGCCCGCACAAGAGGGUUGGAAGUUCCAACCUAAGCCAUUCUAUGAUGCAAUAUGUGUGCACUUCAUUUUCUAAAUGAAAAGUAUAAUUUUGUCUCCCAGUGACGUUCUGUAAGGUCCCUCUCCUCUCAUAUCUCUUUAAUGCCAAUUUAUCAUAUCAUGAAUGGAACUAGGAAGCACAGCAGGUUCUUGUCCUGGCCAGAGAGGGAUAUUGUAAUAUGGGGGAAAUCCCCAAGUUACUGUAGUAAUCUUUCUUUGCAGACCACUUUUCUAAUGUUGAAAUCUUAAUUGAAAAUUUCUACAUUUCAUGGAUUUUCAGCAGAAAAGUAAUCCCUGAAUUUUAGGAGAUGAAAAUAUGUUACUUAGCUUACCUGAACAAAUUGUAUAAACACAUGCACAAUGAUUCUAAUACGUAAUAUGUAUAAUAUAUAAAGGCUAAUAUGUAAUAUACUAUAUAUUAUAUGCUGUUAACAUGAAUGGAGAAUAUACUUUAUUCUAAAAUAGGAAAAUACUUAUACCAGCUCUGGAUAGAAAUCCUAACUGUAAUGCAUAGUCCUGCACACAACCAGACAAUAUUAAUUUUUUUAAAAGUUUAGGAAAUGUAUUUUUAUUAACAUAAUAAAUUUUCUUGUAUCAUGCUUCUCUCCUAUUUUUUUUUGGAGACUAACCAUUCUCAAGUGCAAGAAGGCCAAAGCUAGUGAAAUACAAAACAGCUUAUUUUGCUUUUGUCUUGCUUACAAGCAAGAAAUGAAUACCUUCUGUUAUUCUCUUACUAUUCUUCUUCAGAAAAAAAAAUGACAAGAUCUUGUUUUGUAUGUAGUUUAGGAACAGUAUGAAGAUUGGACUGGCGUGCUUUGUGAUUUUUUCAAGAUUAGUAUUCAGAUUGCAACUGAACAGCUCUGCCGCAUUGAAGAGGUAGAAAACUACAGGUCUACUCACACCAGCAAAUAAAUUACAAUGCAUUUUUUGCUUUUGUGUUUGGUUUAAGCUGUUACUUCUAAAAUAUCUGUGAGAUUAAACCAGCAAGGUAGUUAUGCAAUACUGAUAUAAUUAGUAAUCAAAAAGGGGAAAAAACGGAAGGGAGUGGUUUAGAGUUUAUGCGUUAGAAGAUAAAGUUAUUUAUGAAUGCAAUUCACCUUUCUAAUAAUCAAGGCUUUCAAGUUGUGUGAAUGUGCCAUCUCUUUGUGAAAUACUGUAUGCUUAUGUUUAUUAGGUAUCUAGUUGCAAACCAAAUGAAGAUGCCAAUUAACUCUGUGGAAUUUCCCAGCUAUCACAGAAAAUGUUUUAGUACCAUCCUACCAAGACAUCUACAAAUUAUAUAUACUGUUUUUUUGUUUUGUUUUAUACUCUUCUCAAAGUAUAGUUUUUACAAGAAAGUUGUUUACAGAAAAGCAAAUUUAUAAAGUGAAACUAUUACAAAAGUGUUUGGAAAAUAUUCUUCUCAAUUUGACUAAGCUUUUGUUAAUGCAUAUACGACGUGUAGAAAUAUGGGACACCUUUGAUUUUUUUUAAAUUUUUUUUAAAUCCAGUCUAGAGUUUCUGACUGAAGUUCAACUUAAGGUUAUCUGAAGCAAAAGCCAUGCACUGACCUGAACAGUAUGUUUAAUAUUAAAUUGCAAACAAAAUAUUGAUUGAAUUUUAAAUGAGAAAAAACAGAAUGCUUGGUAUAUUAAAAAAAAAAGUCAGAAAACUGUUUUAAAAAAAAAUUAAGGGAAUAAAUAAGAAAUCAUAGAAUGGUUUGGGUUGGAGAGGACCUUUAAGAUGAUAGAGUUCCAACCCAGGGACACCUCCCUCUGGCCCAGGUUGCUUGCAGCCCCCAUCCAGCCUGGCCUUGAAUGCUUCCAGGGAGGGGGCAUCUGCAGCCUUGCUGGGCAACCUGUUCCAGUGUCUCACCACCCUCACGGUAAAGAAUUUCUUCCUGAUAUCUAGGCUAAAUCUACCUUCUUCCAGUUUAAAACCAUUUCCCCUUGUCCUGUUGCAACCUGCCCUUAUAAAAAGUGGAAUAACACGGUCUUGUAAAUGUGGAAUAAUUUUUCGUAAAAAGGUGCUCAUUAACAAAUUCUGAUGCCAUUAAACGUUGAUGCUAAAGGAAGUUUUAUUGUUCUCUUCUUAACUCAAAACUUUGUCAUGGCUAAGUAUUCAUUUUUUUUCAGGUAAAUGUUAGAUUUAACUCAAUUGUUAUUGAAUUGUAAUCCACUGUGUAAUCAAGAUUAUGCUUUUAAAAGAAAGGACUAAAUAUGAACUCCAAAGUAAAGAAGUCCUUUUACCACCACAGUCAAUGUCUUAUGGUAUUCUAGCUUUCUUCCUUUAUCUGUAUAGUUUAUUUGGAGUGGCUGUUAAAUAUGAAAGUAAGAAUGAAAAACACAUUUUAAUGUGAUUACCGUGUUUGUUUUCAGUAAAUUCUUUGGCUUCUGGUAGCUUGUGGUGUUGUUUUUGUGGUGGACGUGUAGGGGCAGUGUGGUGCUGUCUAUAAAUCUUCCAGUGUUUGCUUCAACCUGUUCCGGAAAAUGACAAUUUGAAAUAUUAUUUUAUCUGUUGCUUGUACUUGUAUUCCUUUUAAGGGAAACAGUUUAAUCCUUUCAAGACAAAGAAAUAUCCCAGAAAAGUCAAUACAGUUGAGAUCAUUCUUGUUUAUAAUGAGUCACUGUUUUCUUCUGAAUAUUGUUUAUAUUUAUGAAUAUAGAUAAGUGGUAUUUUUUUCACAGUAGUCUGUGUCUAAAGGUUUCCUUCUGCUAGAAGCACAUGAAGAGUAUUUGCAGGUGCUGGCAAACUGCAGUUAGGCUUUAAACCAAAAGGGUAUUGACAGAACUUUGACUUUUUGGCUUUGGAUAUUAAAGUAAGUUUGAGGACAUUUGUUUGUUAAUGGCAACUGUUGUUUCUGCAUUAUUUGAGACCCUACAGAACUGAGCUACCAGGGAUGUUUGGCAGGUUUUCUUCAUCAGGACAAGUUGGUAUCCAAAGCAUGCCCUGUGUCUCUCUUGAAAUCACCAUUGGACAAAAAAAGGUCAUCAUUCUGAGUUGUAUGGUCUGAAACGAUGAUGAUUUCUGAUGUCAUGGUUUUGUUAACAGAGCUAACAUUCACUCCAGUUUCUUCUUACUGCGGUGUUCCAGUCAGCACAGUUAGUUUUCUGUCCCAGUCACACAGCAAUUAAUAUUUUGAGGUUAAACUUCUGGAAUGAGUGAAGCAUAGCCCUUCCUGUGGUUCUGUGAUUCUCUUGCAUACUGUCUCAUACUUCAGAAAUUUAUUGGGAUUUUUGCUGGCAACUUUACCUAUGUUCCCGUGAACAUCCAGUUUUGUUUUGGAAUAGUAAAUCACUGUAUCUUGGAAUAUUUCAAACGAAUCUCAUGGAAUGUGCAAAAAUAUUGCAUUUUUCAUGUGUAUGUCCUCCAGAAUAAGUGGAGCUUUCUAUGUUUAUUGCAUCUGCUUUUGCAUCCCAGUCUGUAGGUAAGGACUAGAGCCUGAAAAAGACGCAUAGUUAUUUUGGGGGGCUCCGGCUGUUUUGAAGACAGCAAGCAAGUCAACCCUGGGGUUUGUAGCGCAGCAAAUGCCAUCUAGAGACAGCACUUAACUUCUGCAGCACUGUGGUUGUUCCUCCGCGUGAGCUGAAGAAACCUGUAUGUCUGGAAAGAGCCAACGUCACUUGGGCAGAUCAUGUUUCUGUAGAGAAAGUAUUGUACUUUCUCUCAUAAUAAAUUGCUUUUGGUGA